AUGGCAAACCACCAUCCCUCUCCUCCGAUGCAAAUGCAGAUUCAUCAUGGCCCCCCAGGACCGGCUCGUGCUCCACCGCCGCAGUCCUUCUCCUCAUCGCGCCAGACACUGCUGCAACUGAAUGAGGCUGUCUGGAUCCAACUAGGCAGCCUUGCCGAACAGAUGGGAAACUUGGACGAUGCAAUGGCUUCGUACGAGCGCGCCCUGCGGACGAACCCCAACUCGAUCCCGGCAAUGAACGCCAUGAGCUCAGUGCUGAGGACGCGCGAGGAUUUCCCUAAGGCCGCCGAGUAUCUGAACACCAUACUGAAACUGGACGAGAGAAAUGGAGAAGCAUGGGGCUGCCUCGGACAUUGCUAUCUGAUGAUGGAUGACCUCCAGCAGGCGUACAAUGCGUACCAAAAUGCCUUGGUGCACCUGCCCAACCCAAAGGAACCCCGCCUCUGGUACGGAAUAGGCAUUUUAUAUGAUCGAUAUGGCUCUUUGGAUCACGCCGAGGAUGCAUUUGCCCAGGUGAUGAAAAUGCAACCUGAUUUUGACAAGGCUCACGAAAUAUACUUCCGACUCGGCAUCAUCUACAAACAGCAGCAGAAGUAUAAUGAAUCAUUGGAGUGCUUCAAGUACAUCGUCAACUCUCCCCCGACGCCGCUCACGGAAGAGGACAUUUGGUUCCAGAUUGGCCACGUCCAUGAGCAGCAAAAGGAUUUCGAAAAUGCGAAGGCCGCAUAUCACCGCGUCCUUGACCGCGACCCCAGCCAUGCCAAGGUUCUCCAGCAGCUAGGUUGGCUGUAUCACACACAAAGCCAGCAUUUCGACAGCCAGGAACGAGCGAUCGAGUACCUGGAGAAAUCUGUAGCAGCUGCAGACAAUUCGGAUGCCCAAAGCUGGUAUCUUCUAGGGCGCUGCUACAUGCAGAUGCAGAAGUACCCCAAGGCAUAUGAAGCGUACCAGCAAGCUGUGUAUCGGGACGGACGGAACCCCACGUUCUGGUGCUCGAUCGGUGUGCUUUACUACCAGAUCAACCAGUACCGCGACGCACUUGAUGCGUACUCGCGUGCAAUCCGUCUUAACCCCUGGAUAUCUGAAGUCUGGUAUGAUUUGGGCACUCUGUAUGAGUCCUGUAAUGGCCAGAUCGCUGAUGCGCUCGACGCGUAUCAGCGUGCUGCUGAGUUGGACCCCACCAAUGUUCACAUAAAGACUCGGCUUCAGUUGCUCCGGAAUGGACAGGCCAAUGGCGCGCCUCCCGGGCAGGCACCUAUGCCCACCGAUGUCCAUCCCCAGGCUUAUCAGGCUGCCGGCGCAGUUGGGCCCCCGGGACCGCAGUGGGCAGGGUCCGGGCCAGCCGUUCCUCAGCAAGCGCCACAGCCGAUGCUUAACGGCGCACCACAAGGCCCAGGUGGCCCAGCUUCUUGGGGAGGUAGGAUCUCGGAUAUCAACAUCCCCCCGCAACCGCGGAAUCCGUAUGCCGCAGAGCGUGAGCCCUUUCGUGGCCAAGUCGGCCCCGGUCAACGACCGCCCAGUCCCCAACAGGAGCAGCAAAUGAGACCGUAUCAAGAAGCCAAUAGAGUACCGGAGCAACCCAGACGGGGUCCGUCCCCUCCACCCCCAGCGCACUACGCAGCGCCCCCCCCGCCGCAGCCCCCUGCCCAACAACCCCAGCAGGCACCGCAGGGGUCGCAACCUCCUCGGGUGAGAAAUCCGAACUAUGGAGGCCACACACCGGCCGCGAUGCUCCAGCCCAGCUCGGCUCCUGGCCCCAGUGGAGCGGCGUCCAAUCCAUUGAUGCCUUACCGCACUGACAGCCCCAGGAAUGAAGGAAGACCGCCCAUUCAUGAAAAUCGGAUGCCGUCCCCCAAGUCGGCGUAUCCGCAGCAUCAACCUCCGCCCUACUCGACACAUGCUGAGCAAGCGGGCCCUAGUGGCUCGGAACCUGCUAUGCCCCCGGCACAGCAGCCUGGCUUUGCCGAUAAUGCGCUCCAUCGCAUGGACGACCAUCGUCCGCCCUCGGUUGGCCCCAAGAGGAUGCGCGAGUGGGAGGAUGACCGAGAAGCGAAGAAGCCUUCGACCGACGAGGCUCGCGCGCGCAUGGAAGACGUCCGUCACCGGCGUCCGUCAACGUCUCCCCGGCUGGAGCCAUACCGCCGGAACUCGUCGGAAGCUAGGCGCUUUGAUGAGCGGCGCAUGGAUGAUGCCCGGCGGGCCGAAGAGCAGCGCCGCGCGGAGGAGCAGCGCCAUAAUAACGAAGGUUACCAUCCCUCCGAGGCCGCGCACCAUCCUCAAUCGCACUCGGUUGGCGGACAUCUGCCGCCCAUGCAGCAGGGACCGUCUGCGAUGCAAGGCCUUAUGCAUGACGGACCCGGGCCUCACGCGGGACCUGCUAAGAAAGAGUACCAAAGCGGGCCUGAGGAAAGGCGGAUGGAGCACGCGCCCGCGCCCGCUGCUCACCCUCCCAUGGCCGGCGAGCCUGAGAGGGCUGCCAGGAAGAUGGAGGUGGAUGAAGACUAUGAUGACAGUGGUGAGGAAGAUAAAAAGGCCGGGAUCGUCCCGGGCACCGCGGCUGGUUCAGGAUCCGCUACGGCGUCUGACAUGAAGAACGGGACGCCUACAAGCGCGAGCAUCAGCGGCUUGAUGCACCAAAAACCGGAUGGCAACUGAUGCUGCAUCGUUUUGCUGUGUCGCACAUCUCGUCCGAUUUCCCACCCAAUUUCCAGCAAUCCUCGACGAGGUUUACAUUCUAUUCCGUCAGCCCCAUUCUGGGUUCCGGUUGGUGGCGUGGGUCAUCGUCACUCGUCAGCAUCCGUGGCCAAGAAGGCGUUGAACUCCCGUCAAGAUCGUCAAGCUAUUGUGUUGCUAUGGAGAGACAAGAGCCGAAUCAGUGGACUGUAUGGAAACAACCCUCCGCGUCGUGCGUAAGACAUUGCACUCUAUUACCCAGGACGCCCACCCCGUCCCACCCCGUUCUCACUCAGCAGCGCAUCAUCGAGAUGAUGCUAUUGGUUCAAAACUCUUCCUAUUUUCGUUUCUUGUUUUCCCCUUAUCGCUUCCACUUUACUAUUAACACAACAUGAUGGAUUCUAGCAAUUGUCCGGUAGUGGGUAGGACUGGGUGCGCGCGCAA